AUGUGCCAUGGCUUUGAUAUUCAAGGUUUCAGACAGGCCCAGACCAUGGCCUUUGCUGUGGAUGAAAUUAACAGAAACUCCAAACUGCUUCCUAAUAUAUCGUUGGGAUACAGCCUAUAUGAUAGCUGUGUCAAACUAGGGAUCUCAUUCCGUGCAGCUCUGUCUAUGACCAGUGGCAGAGGAGAGGCGUUUCAAUUAAAUGAGAGCUGUUACGGGUAUCCUCCGCUGUUGGGUAUUGUGGGAGAAUCUACUUCAACGCAUACUAUUGCCAUUUCUAGUAUCCUAAGCUUGUACAGUCUACCAAUGGUCAGUUAUUUUGCCACAUGUUCUUGUCUGAGUGACAGGAAGCAGUUCCCAUCAUUCUUUAGAACUAUUCCAAGUGACGCAUUUCAGGUGCGAGCUAUGCUCCAGAUUCUGAGGAGGUUUGGCUGGACUUGGGUUGGUCUUGUGAUCAGUGAUGACGACUACGGUCGCCACACGGCCCAAUCAUUCCAGUCAGACCUGGCCAAGUCUGGUGGAGGCUGUCUGGCUUAUCUAGAGGUUCUGCCCUGGGGACACGAAGUUGCUGAAAUAAAGAAGAUUGUUGGCAGAAUAAAGAAAUCCACAUCCCGUGUGGUUACUGUUUUUGCACAUACAAGCAACAUGCUUGAUCUCAUGGAAGAGGUUGUAAAACAAAAUGUGACUGGCCUACAGUGGAUUGCCAGUGAAGCCUGGAGCACAGCCAAAGUGCUCCAUACUCCCAGCUACAUGCCUUUCCUUGCAGGCACUCUGGGCAUUGCCAUCCGUCGUGGAGAGAUACCAGGACUCAGGGACUUCCUAUUGACCAUACGCCCUGACAAUGACACACUCAGCACCCAGGACAACACCUUAGUGCGGCAGUUUUGGGAGCACAUAUUUCGGUGUAAAUUUGUAUCUGGUUGGAUGGAGAUGGAAGGUCAGACUCAAGAACGACUAUGUACAGGGAAUGAGCUUCUAAGGAAUGAAGAUACUGAAUUCUUGGACCUGUCUAACCUCAGGCCAGAGUAUAAUGUGUACAAAGCUGUAUAUGCCCUGGCACAUGCCCUACAUGAACAUCUGCAGUGCGUUCCAGGGAGUGGGCCUUUCAAAGGGCAAAGCUGUGCUCGUUUGCAGGGACUAGAGCCAUGGCAGCUUGUUUAUUAUUUGCAAAGAGUCAAUUUCACUACAGAUUUUGGGGAUCAAGUGUCAUUUGAUGAGAAUGGGGAUGUUUUACCAAUCUAUGAUGUGAUGAACUGGAGGUGGCUCCCAGAUGGAAGCACAGUGGUUACAAAUGUGGGCGACGUUAAAGAAAUGGCUGCAAAAGUCAUUGAUCUUAACCUUGAUGAAGACAAAAUCUUUUGGAAUUUUGAAUCGAAAAAGCCUCCCAGGUCAGUGUGUAGUGAGAGCUGUCCCCCAGGCACUCGCAUAGCCAUAAAGAAAGGUGAACCUGUCUGCUGCUUCGACUGCAUCCCCUGUUCAGAUGGAAAAAUAAGCAACGGGACAGAUUCAACGGAAUGUACAAGCUGUCCAGAGGAUUUUUGGUCCAACAUCCAGCGGGAUCAAUGUGGCCCCAAAAGCAAGGAAUUUCUUUCCUAUAUGGAACCCCUGGGAAUCUCCUUUACAACAGCAUCAUUAUUUGGAGCACUCUUAUGCACCAUUGUUUUGGGAAUCUUCACCCGGCAUCGGACCACGCCAGUGGUUAGGGCCAAUAACUCAGAGCUUAGCUUCCUCAUUCUGCUGUCACUCAAAUUAUGCUUUUUGUGCUCCUUGUUUUUCAUUGGUAAACCAAGGCUGUGGACUUGCCAGUUGAGGCAUGCAGCAUUUGGGAUCAGCUUUGUUCUGUGUGUCUCAUGUAUCCUGGUGAAGACCAUGGUAGUUCUGGCAGUAUUCAAGGCCUCCAAACCAGGUGGUGACGGUAGUCUGAAGUGGUUUGGAGUAAUACAACAGAGAGGGACUGUUGUAUUUCUGACUUUAAUACAAGCAGCAGUUUGUAUAACAUGGCUUGUGUUUUCCUCACCAGCUCCUCAUGAAAACACAGAGUACUACAGCGACAGGAUAGUAGUUGAGUGUCUAGUGGGGUCCAGAGUAGGAUUUGGAGUAUUACUGGGCUAUAUUGGCUUACUGGCUAUUCUCAGUUUCCUGCUUGCAUUCUUGGCACGAAAUCUACCAGAUAACUUCAAUGAGGCCAAGUUUAUCACCUUCAGCACGCUGGUCUUCUGUGCUGUUUGGAUAGCCUUUAUCCCAGCUUAUAUUAACUCCCCUGGUAAAUAUGCCGAUGCUGUAGAAGUAUUUGCCAUUCUAGCUUCUAGUUUUGUGCUGUUACUGGCCCUAUUUGGACCAAAGUGUUACAUUAUUCUCCUUAAGCCUGAGAAAAACACAAAAAAGGCUUUAAUGGGACGAGGCUCACCAAGAUCAUAGAAACAGUGCAUUGAUUUGUCAUGGUUGAUUUUAAUAAAUUCAUUGAGUCAGUGAGAUGUAUAGAAUUUAGACAACAUUGCCUGCAUUUUAUAACUUAAUAUCCUCUAUCAAAUUGUAGCAAUUUUAAAUGUAAAUCAGAUAGUUUGUCCAACAUAUAUAUUAAUAUCGUGAAUAAAUAAAUAG